GUAGAUUUGGGAUCCUGUAACCGAUAAUUAAUGAUGUCAUCAGAAGAACCAAAGAGUGAACAUAAAAUGGAGGAGGCACCAGUUCCAGCGCCUAUGAUCUUUGACAAUGUUGUGGAAGAGAGUGUGACAUUUUGUGUGGAUACCUCUGGUAGCAUGUAUAACUGUUUACAUGUAGUGAAAGAACAAUUAGUAGAAGCUUUGUAUAAACAUGUCAAACAUUCUAGUGGUUCUCCUUUAUUUAAUAUCGUAGAAUUCAAUUCCCAAAUAACUCAGUGGUCAGACAAGAUGGUCAAAUGUACCCCGGAAACAGUGGCUGUGGCAAGUAAAUGGAUUGAUGAACUGAGUGCUAAGACAGGAACAAAUACAAUGGAUGCAUUAUUAAUUGCUUUUGGUGAUCCAGAAUGUAAAGCUGUAUAUUUGGUGACAGACGGCCUACCAGAUCAAAAUCCAGAAGAAAUUUUAGACCACGUUGGAUAUGUGGACAAUGAUCGUCCAGUCCAUUGUGUUUAUUUAAUGGGUGAAAAAGCUGAUGAAUCUGCAACUGAAUUUUUAGAAGAUUUAGCCAUAGAAACUUAUGGUUCAUUUUUCAUAGCCAGCAUUACAACUAAAGGCGCCAUUGAAAAACUUACACCCGUGUUCAAAGCUGAACAUUCAAACUAUCUGAAAUCAACAGACAACAAUUUGUUUUCUAAAAUUAAACAAUGUAAUGUCUCAACCACAUUAGCUGCUGACCCUAUAGAAAGUGCCUACCUCAACUCUAGACUAGUUUCUCCAGUCAUAAAUCCUUAUGUCUUUCCUCCCGUUCAAGGCUAUCGUUAUUAUCACCCCUCUUAUUGGAGUCGUUAUCGACCAGCUAAAGGCUGGUUAAAGAUGCAAGACAAACUAUUAGAUGAGGCACAAGCAUUAGAAAUGUCACCUGCUGCUGGGGCAUUGUUAAUAGGUAAAGAAGUUUUAGCCAGACGUAAUGAAGAUGGCUAUUUUUAUUCAGGAAGUGUUCAAAGUCAGAUUUAUGAAAAUAAGUUCCUGGUAGCAUUUGGUCCGUGUAAACAUGGUAAAUAUAAAGAUACUACAUACCAAGAAACAAUGGUUCAUGAUAUAUUAGAUUAUGUUGAUGCUAAGAGGAGAACUGUUGUAACUGGAGAUAAAGUCUUAUCACCAUGGGAACCAGAAGGAGAUAAAUUUGGUCCUGGUGUUGUUAUUGAUGGAUUUGAAAAGAGAGAAUCUGAAGGUCCAGAUGACAAAGGAAUUACUGUAGCUUUUAGUAAUGGUAAAACUGAGAAAGUAGCACCAGAUACUGCUGUUUGGAUACCAGAACCCAUGUAUGACAGACUCAAAUUAGAACUCAACAUGCCAAGAAGCACCAGAGAAAAAUUGGCAUCUCAACCAAAUUAUCCAUUAGAAAACCUUCCUGGGUAUCCAACUUCUGGACCCAUUGCAUACCCUCAGAAAUAUCCCAAACCAGUCUCACUAGUCUUAGAAUCAGAUGUGCCAUUGAAUUCAUUCCAUAGAUAUCCUCCAUAUGCCCCUGUAUAUCCCAUAUAUUUGAAGCGUUCAGAACCAAAGAAGCAUAAAACUGUGGUGAAGAGUGAAGAUGUUCAUGCCUUGAUCCCAGGAACUCAACUCACUACCAAAGAACUGGAAGAUCGAGUCUCAUCUCAGUUAAUGGAACACAAGUUGUUACUGGAUGAAAGAGAAAAUGAGAAAAAUGGUCGGUUGCUUAACAGACGUGGAAACCGUUCUAUGAAUGGAUUACACAAGUCAGUGUCAUUCAAUGAUGAAAAUCUUGUCCAAAUGUCAGCAACACCUCGCGACUAUAGUGAUAGUGGUCGUACAUAUGGCUUUUUUAAAGAUGGCCAAUUUAUACCCGACAGAAGUCAAAGUAGUGAUAAUAAAAGAUAUGGCCACCUAGAUAAGGAUGGAAAUUUUAUCGAAGAUAGAUCUGAAAAUGGACGAAUGUAUGGUUUUAUGGACAAAGAAGGAAAGUUUCAGCCAGAUAGAAGUCAAAAUGGUGCCAGUCGUAACUAUGGAUACAUGGACAAAGAUGGUAAAUUUGUUCCUGAUCACAACAGCACAGGAGGUCGUAAAUAUGGGUACUUAGAUAAGGAAGGUAAAUUCACUAUUGAUAGAGAUGGUCGCCUUGGUAACAUUGAAGGUCAAACAUAUGGUUAUUUUGAUGAAAAUGGAUAUUUCACUCCAGAGGAUAAGAAACAAACUUUUGGUUACAUGAACAAAGAUGGACAAUUUGUACCUGACAGAGGUCAAAACCAAAACUAUGGUUACAUUGACAGUGAUGGAAGAUUUGUUCCUGACAGAAGUCAAAACCAAAACUAUGGUUACAUUGAUCAUGAUGGAAAAUUUGUCCCAGAAAGAAGCCAAGGUCAAAACUAUGGUUACAUUGAUCGUGAUGGAAAAUUUGUACCAGAAAGAAGUCAAGGUCAAAACUAUGGUUACAUUGAUCGUGAUGGAAAAUUUGUCCCUGAAAGAAGUGACAAUCAAAUGUAUGGUUACAUGGAUAAUGACGGUAAAUUUGUACCAUAUGAAACUCAAGGGGUUUAUGGUUAUUUUGACAGCAAUGGACAGUUUGUACCUGAACAAAAUGAAUCUGGUGUCUCUAUUGGUCCUGAUGGAAAACCUCUGUAUGAUACACAUGGUUAUCCCUCAAUUGACAGCUCAGACAAAUAUAACCAAAGUGAAUACAGAGACAUGAAAUUCAAAUGCAGAGACCCAAAUCUCUCUGAUGCUGAUAGAGAUUUUUGGAAAUCCACAUACAAUAAGGAAUUGGAAGAUCUGAAAAGUAGAUGUACCGAUCCCACAGUUCGAGAGGAACUAAGAGAGCGUAUAAAACAGAAAUAUGAUGAUGAGCUGAUGGAUUUGAAGUACCGUUGUCGAGAUCCAAAUUUGUCAGAGAGUGAUCGAGAAUUAUGGCGUAGCACCUACAAUAAUGAACUCAAUGAUAUAAAGCAAAAAUGUUCGGACCCAAACCUCAGUAAAGGUCAACGUGAGUUAUGGAAGGUUAAAUUUGAUCAGGAAAUGAGAGACAUGAAAGAAAGAUGUAGAGAUCCAAACCUUUCCGAGAGUGAUAGAACUUUCUGGAAAGAGGCUUACAACAAUGAGAUGAGAGAUAUAGAAUACAGAGGUAGAGAUCAGACACUAUCUGCUAAAGAACGAGGCUACUGGCGAGAUGUCUACGAUUAUGAGGUCAGAGAUUUGGAAUAUCGAUGUAUUGAUCCAGAUUUGUCAGAAAAGGAACGCAAUUCCUGGAAGAAUUUCUAUGAUUAUAUUGGUUCCUCCAGAAAUAUUGGUGUCAACACAGAUUCCAGUUUAUUGUUCUUCAGAAGACCAAGUUCUGCUGAUAGUGCCAUGAAGAAAAGACCAGCAUGGAAAUACUGGAAAUCAGAUCCAAGUCCAGUUUUAUAUGACACUGAUACAGAACUGCGAGAAAUGGGAAUAUAUGAAGGCUUCAGAGAAACUGCUACUGAAGCUCCUUUAGAAGUUAGAACAUCAAGUUAUCCUUAUAUAGUUGAAUGGAAAAAUCCUCAAUUCCACUAUGUCGAUACUUUUGCCAAGCACAAUCAUGCUCAAAGCAUUAAUUCAGUUUUACAACCAAAACCACCAACAUUGAAAAAUGGUUUUAGUAAGUCAGUCAAUUUUCAAGAUGGUGCUGUUGAAAAGCUGGCCAAUGGUUUAAGUAAAUCUGUGAAUAUACAGACAGAUGUACCCAGGAAUCCUAGCAAAGACCAAAUAGCAGACGCAAGGCGUGAAUACAGACGCAGAAAAAUAAUGCAGAGACACAUGGAAUGGCAAGACAAAGUGGCAGAAGAACACAAUAUGAAGGAAUUGAUGCAGGAUCAACAUCGACAGAAAAUAAUAGAGCAAUUAAACCAUGAAAGAGAGCGACAAGCUAAUGACCAUAAAAUGAUUGAGAGACAGAGAGAAGCCAAGAAAAAUAUCAGUGCUGAAAUUCGUGCUAGAAUUGAAUCUAAUCAGAAACAUGAACGAAGUAAAGAAGAUCAAAGAAUUGCUGCCAUGGCUAAAAAUAGAGAACAUCGGGAAGCUCUUCAGGCACAGAGACAAAUAGAGUUAAAAAAUAUUGUUGAACGACGCAAGAUAAUUAAAGAGCAACAUAGUCAACAACGAGUUGAAACUAUUACUCAAAAAUUAGAUGAACAAGAAGCCAAGAAAAUGAUUUUAGAUACCCAACAUAGAAACGCAAAAAUAAGACGAAUGCAUCAUUUUCAACAGUUAGAAACUAAUGCUCAACGUCAAAAAGAAUUGAAUGCAGCAGUCAAAGAACAACAGAAGGGCAUACAACUUUCACAAAUAUUUUCGUGA